UUCCCCGACUGGCCUUCUGGGUAGUCUACGGCUGAGAGCGAGCUGCGCUCGAGCCCUCAUUCUGCGCUGCACGUUCGAGGCAGCAGUUGUAGGUGACUCGAAGUGCACUUAACGCACGGAAACCUUGGGAUACGGACUUACAUACGUCCUUGGAACAACAUUGUCGAAAGUCUGGAAAGAGACGGUGGUGUCGAGAGUGUAUUUGGGAAAUCAUAAGAAAAAAACGCUCGACAAAAUGCGUAACGACUGACCAUAUUCGGAGACGGCGUGCUCGUUGUCUGCCUAGCCCAACAUGGCGCUGCGAAGCAUUACCGGGCUGAAUUAGUUCGUCUCGUGGACUCUACGGACGUUCGCCACCUGUACGCUUAGGGACUACUGAAUGCAUCUUAUGUUUGGACUAAGGAAUACAAUUUUGGAUUUCACUGGAUUUCGAGGAUGUUAAUAUAUCACUUAACGUCGCAUUUGCCCAUGACUGGAUAUACAUCGAGACUUUGGAUUGUUAACAUGUUUAAGUCAUCUUCAGUUCAUUCCACGAAGUAAAUAGUUUUGGUCUGUAUUUGUUUUCAGUUCGAACACAACUGUAGGUUACUGUGCAAACAUCCGAUGUGCUCAGAACUGAUCUUUGCUUAGUUUUGGGAUGUCUGCCUCUCCGACACUAAUAACGGUGUUCACUGCUUCAACUGAUCGUAUCGUCAACUUAUAACUAGAGUUUUUUUUUUCAUAACCAAGGACGAGGAAAUCAUUUCGACUUUAAGUCUGCAAUUUAUAAUCCACACGUUAUGGUGAAGUCCAGACAAUCUAGACUAGAUAACUAAAGAAGACACGCAAAGCAUGGUGGAUGCGAGUACAGCUUGCAGGAUGAACCCACUUGCUGCACUCGGCAUUGAUCGGAGUGGUCUGAUGCAUGAGGGCCUUCGCGUCCACGGUGGGAUGGUCUACCCUCCAGGAAUCCACACGCUGCCCACCGAGAAGGCCCGCGAGGGAGCCUCGCUGCCUCUGGGUUACGUCAGCGACCGCAUCCCUGACCUUUACAAGCAGGACGUGUCUCUGGAUGCAAGGAAAGCGACCAACGGCUACGUGGGCCUCUACAAAAGCCCCCCGCCAGGGCUGCCGAAGCCCAUGGUGGUGCCCGGGGCAGGCGCGGAUGUCCUGGGGCUCGACCGGCGAGUUGGGCCUGGGGACAAGCCGUCCGAGCUCGGCCUGAACGGCAGCAGCAGCUUCCUCGGGCGGUUACCGUGGAUGUCGAACCCUUACCAUGAGGCGGCCAUGUACCCCUUUCUGGACUCAAGUAAAUACGCAGCACUUAACAUGUACAAGGCGUCCUUCAUGUCCCAGCCGUCCCACUACCUGCCGCAGCACCUGGCCUACCAGCCGGGGGCCGAGCGCCUCUUCUACAUGCCCCCGUACCCGCCCGCCCCCAUCUCCUCCCCCCUCGCGCCCCCGCUACGCAUCCCCACGGCAACGGUGGCGCCCACCACGCUAUCGCCGCUCAUGCACUGCCAGGACAAGAGCCUGGCCAGCAUGGGGCCCAGGAUCCACCACGAACCCUCCGCAUUUGGACAGCAGCUGCACCAGCCCCAGCAUCAGCAGCUGCAGCCCCAGCCCCAGGCACACCACCAGGCCCACAGCGACCGGCAGCACUGCCACAGCAGCAGUAGCGACCGGCAGCAUGGUAUCAGCAGCGACCGGCAGCAUGGUAUCGGCAGCAGCAGUGACCGGCAGCAUGGUAUCAGCAGUGACCGGCAGCAUGGUAUCAGCAGCAGCAGCAGCGACCGGCAGCAUGGUAUCAGCAGUGACCGGCAGCAUGGUAUCAGCAGCAGCGACCGGCAGCAUGGUAUCAGCAGUGACCGGCAGCAUGGUAUCAGCAGUGACCGGCAGCAUGGCAUCAGCAGUGACCGGCAGCAUGGUAUCAGCAGCAGCAGCGGCGCUAACGGCACCAACAGCAUCAUCAAUACCAGCAGCAGCAGCAGCAGCAGCAGUGGUGGUGGUUGCAUCAGCAAGUCCUCUCGCACGCCUUCAAGCAGAAGUGCCAGCUCCAGCAGCGUGAGCAGCAGCAGUGGCAGCAGCGCGAGCUGUGUGAGUAGCUCGGCGAGCGGUAGUGUGGUCAGCACGUGCCACCUCGUGGACACUAGCCCUGCGUCGGUGAUGCACGCGCCGCGCCCGUCUGCCCGACCCGCACAGCCGGCCGGCCACCCCCCUCCCCCUCUUCCCCCCCUCGUCGACAGCACUUUGGACUACCAGAAGUUUCGGAGUCCGUCCUCCACGGCGUCCUCGGCUUCGUCCACUCCGGUCAUGUCCCACCCGUUCUACAUGAGCAGCGGGUCCCAGGAGCACCGCUCGCCCCUACGGUCCACUAGCCACAAGCCAAAGCCCAAAGACGGGAGCGCGGAGCACCGGGGCGGUCAGGCCGAACGGAAGGCCAGCAAGUCGCCCUCGCGGACUCCCUCCUCUGCGUCCUCGGAGAGGCCGGCUCCGCAGGCUCCUACCAAAGACCCGGCGGACAAGCCCUUGGAUUUGUCUGCCAAGAUCCUGGAUUUCGAGGGGCCCCCUAACGGAUUCCCUCCAAAGCUGGAGGCCUUGGCCAAGCUGGGCUACCCUUCCCCGUCAGCUCGUUACGGACUGCCCCCUAGCCGCGAGCUGCUCAAAGAGACCUUGUCCCCUUCAGCUGGCACGUCCUCCUCCUCCAAAACGCCAGAGAGGCCUGAGAUUAUUAGCACUUUACACUCCUCCUGGGUCGUGCCGCACAGCGCACCCACGCCGCCAACGCUAAACCCGGACGCCGGCCAGAACAAAGGCCCCUCUGUGAUCAAAAACAAGAAUCUGGAGCACGUGGCUGCCCAGCCUAGGAGCUCCUCAUGCCCUCGCAUCGGCGAGGCCAACAACGUCCUGAUCCCCACACCGGCCCCGGCCCCCGUAAUCGUGACUCCCGUCGGGCGGCCCUCCUCCACUUCGCCUUCCCCGAAGCCCAAUGGCGAGUGGCCGAAAUCGAACCCGACCCCGUCGGAAAAGGUAGCGGUGGCGAGCCGCGUCGGCAGCCACCAGCAGUGUGUCAAAGCGGCGAAACCCUCGAAAAAACCCGAGCCCCAAGAAAUCCCCUUUAAACCGCAGCAGUCCCACUUGGAGAAUGGACACCCGUCUGGUCAUCUGUACAUGCCCCAGAGUGAGGCGUAUAUGUCCCCUGGCCUAGCGUACGCUAACCGCUACCUCCCUUACCCUGUCCCCGACAGCAUGUCCCUCUCUCAUCUGCAGUUGUCUGGCAAAGGUCCAGUCUACCCCCACCCUGUCCUACUGGGCAGUGCCAAUCUCUACCCAGCUCGCCUGCCUCCGAAGCAUGGCUUGCCGUACGGGCUCCCACCUUCGCACGGAGAGUAUCUGACCUAUCAUGACCCCCAGGAGAUGGUCCACCCCCUCAUGUCCCCGCACCUAUUGGACCCUAAAGUUAGCGAGCGUCUGGAGCUGCGCUCUCGGCAUCCGCAGGACAAGUCCUGGCAUCACGAGGAGUCCCCCUACAAAAGGCCUGGCAUGACUGAGAACGAGGCGCUCCACAAAGCCGACCGCGAGGCUCUGGACAAAGUGGACGCGCUGAGCUCGAAAGGGAGCAAGUCCCACGCUUCGGCGUCGGCUGCUGGGGGAAGGGAGGAGAUCAUCUGCAUCGACCUGAUCCAAGACGACGCAGAUGGUGGCAGUGGGGAUGGGGGCUCCCAGGCUAACAAAUACAGCGUGAUCACUGCCAAGAGGCGUGACCCCUGCAGGCCUGGUGGCGGUGGUAACGGUGGCGAUGGAAAGGAGCCUGAGCUUAUGCAGAUCCUGCGCUGCGGCCAGCAGCCCACCUCCGAGUCGCAGGCGGCCGAGGCCGACGGCCAGCACGAGCCCGCUGCCAGCAGGGCCCGUCCCCUAGAGCCUGCCGAGGGCCUGCGGCCAGAGUCGGCCGAACACAGCCAGGACGAGGACAGCAUGUCCGAGCACAGCCCGCUGCCGGCGCUGUCCGAGGAGCAGACGUUGCGCUGCGCCCGCACCUCUGGCGACAGGACCUCGGACGAGUCCGACUACAAAGCCGACCGGCACGGCGCCGCCGGCGCUGCUCACGGUAACAGCGGUAGUGGUGCUGCGGCUAUCCGCCGCUACAUCGACCUGGGCCCCAAGGAGGCCGCCAAGGACGAGGAGGCGCACGAGUCUCACGAGGACGAAGAGGAUUGCGGACACGGCUCGUCCAAGAGCCGGCGCUCCAGCCUGACCAAGCGCAUCGCCAACUCCUCGGGCUACGUGGGCGACCGCUUCAAGUGCGUCACCACUGAGCUCUAUGCUGACUCCAGCAAGCUGGGCCGAGAGCAGCGUGCACUGCAGAUGGAAGUCUUAUCACAAGAGGACAGUAAUUUAAGGCAACUUGCUGCCAACUGUGAGCGUGCGAUGAUGCGCUUCUCGGAGCUGGAGCUGAAGGAGAAGGAGGGAGGUGUGGCGGGGAGCCAGCGCGGUGAGGGAGACUGGGAACGCAGCCAAGCCUGCCCCAAGCCCACGGCCACAGCCCUCGCCGAGCAGCCAGAGAGGAACGGUGUGUUGACGACGUGCGCCAACAACCGGGUGCCCGUCCUCCAACGCUGCAGUGGCCCGCUCGACGGUCACUCCGGCCGGCGCCGCGAGGAAGAGAGGCGAGGGCGGGACCAGGAGGAGGAGGAGGAGGAAGAGGAGCGGGAGAGGCGAGAAAAAGGGAAGAGGCCAGUCGACCAGCCCACAGCGGAAGGACAGCCCCCCAAGGAUGGGGGCCCUGGCCCGGGCCCGGGCCCCGAGGCGGUCAGGAAACGCGCACACAGCCUGGAGCCCGGCCAAGCCCACCCGGACGACAGGCAGCGGCCGGAGCGACAGCAGGAAAGGAAGGAGGAGGGGGAGGACGAGGAGGAGGAAGAGGAGGAGGAGGAGGAGAGGGGUGUCCCAGCAAAGAGAGCCAGACUGCUGCACAUGGAUGAGUGGCGCGCUGUGGCCGAACAGCCCCACCAACACCACCACCACCAACACCACCACCAACAACAGCCCCACCACCACCACCAACAACAGCCCCACCACCACCACCAACAACACCACCACCAACAACACCACCACCACCACCACCAACAACACCACCACCACCAACAACAACACCACCAACACCACCCCAACCCUCACCACCAGCAGCACCACCACCAACAGCAGCAGGUGCAGUCAUCUCUCCCCUCGGCAGAGGAGGCGGAGGAGGUGAAGAACCUGAAGGUGUGCAUCGACAUGACAGGACUGCGGCUCAACCGCCAGCGCCACCUCCAGCAGCUGCAGCAGCUCUGGGAGAGCCAGGGCCAGCUGCCCCCGGCCCUCGGACCCAACCCCAACCCCGGCCCCUGCCCGGGCACGGGCCUCUACCGGCGGGAUCCGCAGCAGCAGGCGCCACCCCCGGCGCCCCUGGAGAUCCGCCACAGCAGCGCGCCCACAGCCGAGGGCCGGGACAGGGCCCAGGGCCUGGACGAGAGGCCGGCUCCCAGGAGGACAGAGGCGGAGAGGCGGGGCUGGCGCGACGAGGCUCUGCUGGGGUUCAGGGAUACAGACGCAGGUUUGCCCACUGCACCUCUGGCACCUGCCCACCGGGAGCGUCCAGACCAGCACUGUGCCAAGCCCUGCCCCCAGGCCCAGGGCCCGCCGCACCUGGUCGACAAGCGCGGACACCUGGCCGACCAGCCAGGCUCCGACGGUCAGACCGCCUGGCUGCGUCGCCACGGCGACCUGGAGAAGCCCAAGGGCAAGCGCCAGUGCAAGACCAAGCACUUGAGCCAACGCGAACGCAAGCUGCUCCAGUCCAACGAGGAGUGCCCUCAGCUCAGCCCCGCCCACAACAACAAGGCCAGCGCUGUCAAGCGGUCCUCGCGCAAGAGGUCUGCAUCCCUGUCGGAUUACGAGUCGUCGCCGGUCAAGCCUUGCCCCCCCUCGCCCUGUUCGCCAGCCCCCCCUGCCUCGGCCGCUAACGGCCUCGUUGCUGCCCACCACCAGUGCCAGCCCACCGCUCCCUCCCCGAGCCCCCUGCCCCCCUCCUCCGCUCCCUCGACGACGCCCGCUGCACUGCCCGCUGGGACCGCACCAGCGGCCGCGGACUCGCCCAUCAGCAGGCCCAUGCCGCCGGAGGCGCGGCGUCUGAUCGUUAACAAGAACGCCGGCGAGACGCUGCUACAGAGAGCAGCGCGCCUGGGCUACGAGGAGGUUGUCCUCUACUGCCUGGAGAACAAGGUGUGUGAGGUGAAUCACCGUGACAACGCUGGCUACUGUGCCCUGCACGAAGCGUGCGCGCGCGGCUGGCUGUCCAUCGUGGAGCACCUGGUCCAGCACGGGGCAGAUAUUAACUGCAGCGCACAAGAUGGAACUAGGCCUCUGCACGAUGCGGUGGAGAACGACCAUCUGGAUGUGGUGCGGCUGCUGCUGUCGUAUGGCGCUGACCCCUCAUUGGCCACCUACUCGGGCCGAACCCUCCUCAAGAUGACCCACAGUGACCUUAUGGAGUGCUUCCUGACUGAUUACUUUGCAGACCUACAGGGCAGAGAGGAUGAUGACCCUGGACUCUACUGGGAGUUCUAUGGCAGCGCGGUGUGUGAGUCGGCAGAGGACGCGGCGGCCUUUGACGUGCUGGCCAACCCUCCUGGCCCCGACGAGGAUGACCAGAAGGAAGUGUUUGAAUUUGAGUUCUCCGACCGGCCCCUGCUGCCGUGCUACAACAUCCAGGUGUCCCUGUCCCAGGGACCCAGAAACUGGCUACUGCUCUCGGACGUCCUAAAGAGGCUCAAGAUGUCGGCCCGGGCAUUCCGCGCCACCUUCACGCACAUCGAGGUGGCCACCAUUGCAGAGGCCGAGUUCUACAAACAGGCCUCCCUCAGCCAACUGUUCUGCUGCCCCGAGGAGCUGGAGGGCUUCCUGCCGGACAGCAAGGAGCUGCUGGACCUGGUGGAGAUCAGCUCGGAGCUGGUGGCCCUGCUGGGCUCGUCCCUGGAGUGUGUGGACGACUGCUGGGACCCCAUAGUAAAGGCCCGGUCAUGACUAGGCAAAGGCCCCUCUCCCUGCUCCGCACCAAGACUGUAAAUAGUGUACAUACCAGAGCUGGAUCUGUGAGAUUUGGACCACCAUCUUGUCCUGAAAACAAAAUGGAGGACGCAAAGUGGACAGGACCACACAGAUGGACUCUAUAAUUUAAGCAGUUAUGUUUUUAUAAAUAUGGAAUCUAUAUAUACAGUUAUUGUUGUCCUUUAAUUUGUGAUUAUAAUAAUUCUAUAUAUAUAUAUAUAAAUAUAUGAAUAUAUACAAAAUAUAUAUAUGUACAGUGUGCUGCAUUCUUUGGUCUGCUUUGGUUUAGUUUUAAUUUUGAGUUUUGGAGCUCUCUCCCAGAUGUACGUUAAGGCAGGCUUAGAGCUCAUAGGGUCUGCGGGAUGAGUUCCAUUUCUGAGGUCAAAGUGCGUUUUCGUCGGUUCAGUGUUCUGAAUACGUGGUUGCAAUUGACGAGGUGCACUUGCUGGUGACUGGAGACGGGCUCCGUAGACGGAGAGCCAUGUUCGCAAGCCACUUUUUAAUAUGCUCUCUGAUUGUUUUGUUUUUCAUAUUAACCCUAACAAAUACGGUUUUGUAUCCGUGCUCAAGCUUGGCUUUUGUCCUGGACAUUUAUUUAUGGUUAGGGAUUUAAAAUAUUUGGAUUUUUUUUCUGUAAAAUGUUAAAAGUAAUUGUAAAAUACUAAUGCGUUUGUUUAGGCCAGAAAAAUGCUUGAACUUGUAAAUAAUUGGUUGAGAAUUUCAGUCACCUGUUUCUGACUCGUGUGUUCAUCGUUUUUGGAGACGUGUUUAAACUUUGUAAUUAAAUACCCUAUCAUUUGUAUUUAUAUUUUACAAAAAAAAGUUCCUUUAAAUAAAUGACAACAAUUAGAAUCUCGAA